AGCCUUCAUCCUCUGCUUCCUCUGUGGUUUCAUCAUAAUUCUUGCACUGGCACAUACACAUAUUCCUCUGCUUCUCCGAAUCAGGAAAAUCUUAAAUUCCCCAAAUUAUCGCACGCUAUGCCAUCUCGACAACUGUCCACGUCAUCACCAGCUCACAACCACCGUCAAAGCCACCACGUUCUAACCCCUCUCCUCGCUUCCACCGCCUCCGCCUGCUCUAUCUUCCUCCUCGUUCUUCUCUGCCUCCGCAAGCGCAAACAGAAACGCACCACACCAUCUUCCGACUCCGAUUCCAACCCUCCUCAUCCUUUCUCCUACGCCCUCCUCCGCCGCGCCACCAACUCCUUCUCCACCUGCCUCGGACACGGCGGCUUCGGCCCCGUCUUCUCCGGCUCCCUCCCACCCGCCGGAAAACCCGUCGCCGUUAAGCUCAUGGACUCCGCUUCCCUCCAGGGCGAGCGCGAGUUCCACAACGAACUCUUCUUCGCAUCCAGGCUCCGCUCCGACCUAGUCGUUCCCGCCAUAGGUUUCUCCUCUGACCCCAAACACCGUCGUUUCUUGCUCGUCUACGAUCUCAUGCACAACGGUAACCUCCACGACGCGCUUUUGCGCCGCAAGUGCCCCGAACUGACGCAGUGGAAGAACCGCUUCGCCAUCGUCGUCGACAUUGCACGAGGGAUUCGUUAUCUUCACUCGUGCGACCCCCCUGUCAUUCACGGCGAUAUCAAGCCGAGUAAUAUUCUUCUGGACAGUUGUUUUUCGGCGAAAAUUGGCGAUUUUGGACUUGCCCGUUUGAAAACCGAAUCUCAGUUUGAAGUGGAAAGUGAAAAGAAGAGAAAGGAGGAGUUGGAGAGUGAUGGCACUGAGAGUGUGAAUACUGGAUUUGAGGAGCAAUCAUUUGAACAUGUUGGUGAGAUAGACGUUGCUGUGAAGACGAAUGAGGUUGCAGCCUCAGGAUCAGGUCUUGUGAAUAAUGGCAGAGUGAAGGAUUAUGUGAUGGAUUGGAUUGGGAAGGAGGUGAGCAAGGAAACACCAAAGGGGGAGCGGGUAAUAGGUGAAUCUGCAUCUAGCAUGGGAACUGUGGAGAAAAAGAAGAGCAGGAAGAAAUUGGAAUGGUGGGAAUCAAUGGAUGAGGAAAAGGGUGGUACUGGAGUUUUGAAGAUGGAGAAGAGAAGGCCAGCAAGGGAAUGGUGGAAGGAUGAGUAUUCUGACGAGAUUGCCAAGAAGAAGAAGAAGAAGAAGAAACAGAAGCAGAGAAAGAGAAAGGGUGAAAACAGUGAUGACAAUGGCGAUGAUUGGUGGGAGAGAGAUGAUAGUAAUAAAAACCGUAAUAGGAGUGUAGAUUCGUGGUUCAGUGGGGAGCUAAGGAGACCUCGCAGGAAUAGCUAUGAUUCUGGUAGUGGUGAAAUACACAAGAGUGGUGGUAUGAGCAGUACUCCAAGUAUGAGGGGAACGAUUUUUUAUGUUGCUCCUGAGUAUAAUGGGUAUAGUGGAGAUGUAUCAGAUAAGUGCGAUGUUUAUAGCUUUGGGGUCCUAUUACUUGUUAUCAUUUCUGGGAGGCGUCCACUUCAGGUGACUGGUUCACCAUUAUCCGAGUUUAAGCGAGCAAAUCUUGUGUCUUGGGCACGCCAUUGUGGACGGAAUGGGAAGCUCCUUGAACUGGUUGAUCAGUCAAUUCAGUCAUUGGAUAAAGAGGAGGCUCUUCUAUGCAUCAGGGUUGCUCUUCUUUGUUUGCUUAAGUCACCUGCUCGUCGUCCUUCCAUGAAAGAGGUUGUGGGAAUGCUUACUGGGGAGUUGGAGUCACCCCAAUUGCCGGUUGAGUACACAAACACAUCAUCUCGCUUCCCAUUCAAGCCUCAGAAAGAAUGCCCGUCAGUUCCUGUUAUCAACUAACCAUUUUCGUCAACAGUGAAAAGCACUUUUCCUGGCACUGUUCUUAGUAUUUUUUUACACUGGCACCGUGUUGCUACUAUUUCUUUCACCUUUCCUGGUUUUGAUACAUUGUGGCCUAAUUGAUGGAGAUUGAUCUGUGUAAAUUGACCCUUCCUCUUUCACACUGACUUUUAGGCAUGCUUUGGAAAUUAUGGACCAUGCUUUAGUGGAUGGCCAUCCUUGUAGUUCACAUAACUUUUGGUUACCAAGUCACUCUUUAGGGGUCGUCUAUUAAUGUUUGUCUGUUUGCCAAUUAUGCAAAUUUUGACUUGCUUUGCAGUUUGAUACAUCAUUUUUUUUUUUGAAGCCUUAUAAGUUUUGUAGCUGUCUAUGGGAAAUUGGAAUGUUGAUUUCGGUAGCACAAGCUGUGGUCUGAUUACGUGCUCAUUGUUGUAGUAGUUUAAA